GUACUGCCAAACCGUUGUCGGCAAGCGAAUAUUUUUUUGCUAGCUGUUCGUUUUUGAAUUACGCGCGCGGGAUCGCGAUAUCGUUAACGCGUCCGAUAUUGUUUUUCUAUCGACGUCGCGCUUGCGAGAAGGGCGUGAGUAACGGAAAACAUCGUUUCUGCCCACGCGCUCACCUUAAAAUGUUAAUUGAUUGACGGACAGACUUCUGCAAACGGCAGGCCAUCAGGUAAAAGUUUCGGAUCCGAGGACGUCAACACAAAGAUAACGCGCAAAGCUUUUAGAUAAUCCAUCCAAAAUGGUUUCGUGCGAUUGUCCCAUAACCCACCCUGGACCCACCUUGGCGUCGACGUGCGGCGGAAUACCGUUCAUGCUGUUCAUGGGCCUCCUGGAGGUAUUUCUCCGAUCCCAAUGCGAUCUCGAGGACCCAUGCGGCCGGCCCCAGAACGCCCAUCUGCAACAUGAGUACGACUUCAUAGUGGUCGGUGGAGGCAGCGCAGGUGCAGUAGUAGCCAGCAGGUUGUCGGAGAUACCAGAAUGGGACGUGCUGCUAAUCGAAGCUGGUAACGAUGAACCCACGGGCACUCAAGUACCAUCCAUGUUUCUCAAUUUCAUCGCCAGCGACAUAGACUGGGGGUACCAAACGGAACCUGAACCCCAAGCGUGCUUGAAUGAGAAUGAGCGAAGGUGCUACUGGCCAAGAGGAAAGGUGUUAGGAGGUACUUCGGUAAUGAACGGCAUGAUGUACAUGAGAGGCUCGCGGAAAGACUACGACGACUGGGCAGCGCUAGGCAACGUCGGCUGGAGUUACAACGAGGUGCUGCCUUAUUUCCUCAAAAGCGAGGACAACAAGCAAAUCAACAAAAUGGACAAGGGGUACCACGCGCAAGGCGGUUUGCUCUCAGUCUCCCAGUUCCCCUAUCAUCCUCCCUUGUCCAGAGCGAUCUUAAAAGCCGCCGAGGAGCUAGGGAACCCAAUUAGAGACCUCAACGGUGUGUACCACACGGGCUUCCAGAUAGCUCAAUCGACAAAUCAUAACGGAUCGAGAAUGAGUUCCUCCAGGGCCUUUCUGAGGCCUUUCAGACAUCGUCGCAACUUGCACAUAUUGAUGAACGCGACAGUGUCGAGAGUUCUGAUCAACACCACCACCAAGCAGGCCUACGGGGUAGAAGUACUCAAUGCGGGUACCAAACAACUGAUCUACGCCACCAAGGAAGUGAUAUUAUCCGGUGGGGCAGUAAACUCGCCCCAAAUACUACUCCUCUCUGGCGUGGGUCCCAGACAAGACUUGGAGCAAGUCAACGUUCCCGUAAUUCACGAUCUACCGGGCGUCGGACAGAACCUCCAGAAUCACGUGGCCUUUUUCGUCGUUUUCAACAUAAACGACACCAAUACGGCCCCGUUGAACUGGGCCACCGCUAUGGAGUAUUUGUUGUUCAGGGACGGGCUGAUGAGCGGUACCGGCAUAUCCGAAGUCACGGGCUUCAUCAACACAAAGUACAACGACCCGAUGCUUGAUCAUCCGGACAUCCAGUUCUUCUUCGGUGGGUUCUUGGCCAAUUGUGCCAGAACCGGCCAAGUGGGAGAACGAGUCGAUAAUGGAACCAGGCAGAUCCAAAUCAUACCGGCGGUACUUCAUCCGAAGAGCAGAGGGUUUAUCAGACUCCGCGACAAUAAUCCGCUUAGUCAUCCGCUGAUUUACGCGAACUAUCUGACCCAUCCGGAUGACGCGAAAGUGUUGAUAGAAGGGAUUAGGUUCGCGCUGAGGUUGGCAGAAACCAAAGCUCUCAGGAGGUACGGGUUCCAAUUGGACAAGACGCCCGCGCCUGGUUGUGAGAAUUUGACUUUCGGUUCGGAUAAUUACUGGGACUGCGCGGUAAGGAGGCAGACGGGGCCUGAGAACCACCAGGCCGGUAGUUGCAAGAUGGGGCCGAAAGAAGACCCAUUGGCUGUCGUAAAUCCAGCUUUGCAGGUCCACGGCAUCGACCGGCUACGUGUCAUAGACACCAGCAUCAUGCCUAAAGUGACAACGGGUAAUACGAAUGCCCCAGCCAUCAUGAUCGGCGAGAAGGGUUCCGACAUGAUCAAGGAAAGAUGGCUGUCGCAGGGCGACGGCUUCUAUUUCUCCAACGAACCCAACCACAGGAUACUUCGGCACUGGUAGUUUUAGCAAAAAUUCCUUGUAGGUUCAAUUCUAUUUUAUUUUGGAGCGUCGACGUGGGCGACACAACUGCGUCGCGCGGAAUUUGUAAGCAAUUCAGUUGUUUUUCCAAUAUACGAACGCAACGGAAAAAGUGUGGUCGUUGGACAUUUUAUUACGUUAAUAUUUUGAACGAAACUAUUUUCCGACGGCGAUGCACAAAUUCCUAUCCUUUGUAGACUGACAAAAACGGCUUCUGCGGUUGUGUAAGCCCACGCAUUUUUCUGUAUAAACGUUAUGAGUAUUAUUAAUGUUUAGGUAUUUAUUUUAUUGUA